GAUGAUCACUGGUGACGACCUAGAAUACCAUGAUGACCAUGUUUGUGAGAAAGAGACUCCAGUAAAGUUGACAGGGGUAGAUACCCUGGAGUACUACAAUGACAGCCCAGCAGGUCAGACACCUGACUAUGAUGAUGUCACUGACAACCAGACCAAUGACUAUGAUGAUGUCACUGACAGCCAGACCAAUGACUAUGAUGACGUCUCUGAGCAGCAUCACCCUGACUCUCAGCCAGAUCUCCACCACAGUCACCCUGUAGGACACAUGACUGAGCUGUCGUUCGUCCAACAAGGGGGGGCUGCCUAAUGAUGACGUCGUUAUAUAUGACAAUGUGGGGGAGGG